AUGGCUGCAAACGUCCUACAAUGGUUUCCUUGUACAACUGCUCCAUUCAUUGCUAAUGCGCCAAUGUUUGGAUUUGCCGACGCCAGCCUAGCAACUGCCGUCACGAAGGCCGGAGGAUUCGGGUUUAUUGGUGGAGGCUUUGAUUUCCGAUCCGAAUCAACCCAGCUCCUGGGCCUGGAUACUCAGUUGGCGAAUGCCCGCUCUAUCCUUGGUUUGACCGAUGGUGCGCCAUUACCGCUUGGUGUCGGUUUCAUUACUUUCCAGCCAGAUGGGCUCAUUGAGAAUGCCAUUCCCAUUCUCCAGAAGCAUCGAGUGGGGGCAAUCUGGCUAUCCUUCCCUCGGGCUGACUCUGAUCAUCUUCCGAUUAUAAAAGCCAUUCAGAAGGCCCAGGAGAAUUCUGACUGGAAUACCAAGAUAUUUGUUCAGGUAGGAACUGUCAAAGCUGCAAAAGAGGCACUUGCGCAGGGAGUGGAUGUUCUGGUGGUUCAAGGGACUGAUGCAGGAGGACAUCAAUGGGUCCAGGGUGCUGGUUUGAUGUCCCUGUUGCCUGAGGUGCGAGAUCUUCUGUCAAAGACUCAGGAUACAACCACUGCUAUCCUGGCAGCUGGCGGCAUUGUGGAUGGGAGGGGCUGCGUUGCUGCUCUCGGCUUAGGUGCCGAUGGGAUUGUUAUGGGCACACGGUUCGUUGCAACCUCGGAGUGCCCUGCGCCGUCUGCGAUUAAACAGGCCAUUGUAUCGGGGAGUGACGGCGGAGCCUCGACUGUCAAGUCCAUCCGACAUGAUGUGUUCCAAUCAACCGAUCUCUUUCCGAGGCAGUAUGAUGGCAGAGCUAUGAUUGGGGUUAGCUACGAGGAUUCUCGGGAUGGGGUCAGUGACGAGGAAAUCAUCCGACGAUACAAUGCGGCUAAAGAGGCUGGCGAACAUCAACGGAGGACAGUAUGGGCGUGA